UCAGGCGCUGCGGAGCAUAUGUUGCGCAUGCUCAAUGUGAGUAGCGCGUUGGCUGGCGGGCUAGCAGUAGCUGCAGCGGCUACGGACUGUAGGAGGAGGCUCCUGGGCCGCGGGAGAAGAGAGCCAUGCCGAGGGAGAUCAUCACCCUGCAGCUGGGCCAAUGCGGCAACCAAAUUGGGUUUGAAUUCUGGAAACAGCUCUGCGCUGAGCAUGGCAUCAGCCCGGAGGGCAUCGUGGAGGAGUUUGCCACUGAGGGCACAGACCGAAAGGACGUCUUUUUCUAUCAGGCAGAUGAUGAACACUAUAUCCCAAGGGCUGUGCUGCUGGACCUGGAGCCCCGAGUCAUCCACUCCAUUCUCAACUCUCCUUAUGCCAAACUCUACAAUCCUGAAAAUAUCUACCUGUCUGAACAUGGUGGAGGGGCUGGUAACAACUGGGCCAGUGGCUUCUCACAGGGGGAAAAGAUUCAUGAGGACAUCUUUGACAUCAUAGACCGGGAAGCAGACGGCAGUGACAGCUUAGAGGGUUUUGUCCUGUGUCAUUCUAUUGCUGGGGGAACAGGCUCUGGCCUAGGCUCUUACCUUCUGGAGCGACUAAAUGACAGAUAUCCCAAAAAGUUGGUGCAGACAUACUCAGUAUUUCCCAACCAAGAUGAAAUGAGUGAUGUUGUUGUACAGCCAUACAAUUCACUGCUGACCCUUAAGCGUCUGACACAGAAUGCAGAUUGUGUGGUGGUGCUAGACAACACAGCUCUGAAUCGGAUUGCUACUGACAGACUUCAUAUCCAGAACCCAUCUUUUUCCCAGAUCAACCAGCUGGUAUCCACCAUCAUGUCGGCCAGCACCACCACCCUGCGCUACCCUGGCUACAUGAACAAUGACCUCAUCGGCCUCAUCGCCUCCCUUAUCCCGACACCCAGGCUCCACUUCCUCAUGACUGGAUACACCCCCCUCACCACUGACCAGUCUGUGGCCAGCGUGAGGAAGACAACAGUAUUGGACGUGAUGCGUCGGCUGCUGCAGCCCAAGAACGUGAUGGUGUCCACAGGCCGGGACCGCCAGACUAACCACUGCUACAUUGCCAUCCUCAACAUUAUCCAGGGAGAGGUGGAUCCCACCCAGGUCCACAAGAGCCUACAAAGGAUCCGAGAACGAAAGCUGGCCAAUUUCAUCCCUUGGGGCCCAGCAAGCAUCCAGGUGGCACUGUCUCGGAAGUCUCCAUAUCUGCCAUCUGCCCAUCGAGUCAGUGGACUCAUGAUGGCCAACCAUACCAGUAUCUCCUCUCUAUUUGAGAGAACGUGUCGCCAGUAUGAUAAGCUGCGGAAGCGAGAGGCCUUCCUGGAGCAGUUCCGCAAGGAGGACAUCUUCAAGGAGAACUUUGAUGAGCUGGACACCUCGAGGGAGAUUGUGCAGCAGCUCAUUGACGAGUAUCACGCUGCCACCAGGCCUGACUACAUCUCCUGGGGUACUCAAGAGCAGUGACCUGCUGACUACUCCAAGGACAAUAGUCUUUAUUUACCUGCCUUACUUCUGUGCCUCUGUGAUAGCCUACCUGGCCAUCUUUCUGCCUCAAGGGCUCUAAGGAUGAAGCAUAGGAGAGGCAUCCCUGAUUUCAUUCAUUUGCUAUAGUGUGUUUAUACACACACACCCUCACCCAGGGCAACAGCCCACUGCUCAGGCUUACUACUAUCCCUCUGAUGAGACUUUAUCUCUAAUAAAGCACUGGAUAUAAAAGGUA